AUGUUGAGUGUGGCACAAAAGCCACCGAGGCAGGGGGACGUUUUACGGCCGGUCCGAGCGGGCGUCGCCGAACCCGGACCCCGAGAAGGGGGUGUUGGAGCGGCGGAGAAGGCGGCUGCGUGGGACGCGACCCGUUCGCGGCCUCGACUGCGCCACGGCACCGGCUGGCGGCGGCACCGCGUGAACCCUCCACUGGCAUCCAAAGCCAUCUUUGCAUUGUUCCUGACCCGGCUGUCGGGCUUGCGCGUUUAUCGUCGCGGGGCUUCGCUCUUCAUCCUCCUCUUCGUCCUCCUUCUCCGUCGCCGUCUCCUCCUCCGCUUCCCCCUCCCUCCGCGUUUUGCAACACCCCCCCUCCUCUCCAGCCCACGCCGCGUACGCGCCCUCGGAUCUCUUCCCGUCUUCGGGGCUCCCUUUGGUACAAGUCGCGGGCUUUUUCCUCCGCACAACUCCGCCGCUCCAGCCCUGUCAGACACAGCCGUGGAUACCAGCUCCGAGAUCUCCACCAAGGAUUUGAAAGAAAAGAAGGAAGUUGUGGAAGAAACAGAAAACGGGAGGGAUGCCCCGGCCAACGGCAAUGCUGAGAACGAGGAGAACGGGGAACAGGAGGCGGACAACGAGGUAGACGACGAAGAGGAAGAGGUCGGCGACGAGGAGGAGGAUGAGGAAGAAGGCGACGGCGAAGAAGAAGAUGGCGAUGAAGACGACGAAGCUGAAGGUCUGACCGGCAAACGGGCAGCUGAAGACGAUGAGGACGACGAUGUCGAUCCGAAGAAGCAGAAAACCGACGAAGACGAUUAGAGAAUAGAAUAAUAAAGAAACAGCUUUUUUUUUUAAACUUAAAAAAGAGGAAAAAAUUUUUUUAAAAAAAGGCCAGCGUGACCUACUUUUACCUUUGAAAACUUCCUGUUACAGAAAAAAAAUAAAUAAAUAACGUCCCCUUGUUGCUAAUGGUCACCAUCAUAAAGUAGAGCAAACGAACCCUGUAAAAGCCGUACGGCGCAGAACCGCCAUUUUGUUCUGACUUGAACCCCUUCCCCACCCCCCGAAAAUCUCCCCCCAUUGUGGCUGGGGAGUCUGUCCCUCCCCUCCCCACUGGAAACUUCAAGGCCCAGCUUGCUUUCUUAAAAGUAACUUUAAAAGGAGAAUUUGUUUGUAUUUUUUAUUUACAUUUUAUAUUUUUGUACAUAUUGUGAUGAGGUCAGCCAUUUUUAACGCGAUCUCCGAUUGACCAAAAGGGUGGGGAGGGGGGCUUUUGAAGUGUGCUUUUUUUCCUUUGUUCCUUAUAAACGAAACAAACAAACAAAAAAAACGAAACAAAAAAAAUUCCUGACUUUGUGGUGUGACCGUGUCCAAAUAAAACAAAAAACCAUUGUCUCGAAAGGAGAAGAAAACUUAAAAAGACCUUGUAAAAAAAAAAGGAUGCAAAAAAUAAUAAUAAUCCAACGUUUUAUGAUGAGCAUUCCAACAACACUUUUUUUUUUGUGUAUGUACUUUACCUUGUACCAUAAAAGUAGUGGGUUUGUAUGAGAUGGCAAGGCCAAAGAUUAAAAAGGUUUUGUUUUUUUUGUUUUUGUUUUUUUCUUUUUGUCUAAGAAGUUGCUGUUAAUUUUUUGUUUUUCUUUUUGGCCUGUUUGAUGUAUGUGUGAAAACAAUAUUGUCCAACAAUAAACCGGAAUUUUAUUUUGCCGAGUUGUUUUAACGAA